AUGAUUGCUUCGUCCAAGUCCACUAAUGCCCCCAAGAACACCGAUGGUUUUGAUGUCGGUACAAGUACUUUCACUACUAUCCAUAAUGUCUAUGUCAGCAACCAGGAUGACUGCAUUACCUUCAAGCCCGGCGCAAACUAUGCUACCGUCGACAACGUAACGUGCGCCGGAACAAACCACGGCGUCAGCAUCGGCUCAUUGGGAGAGAGCGGAGACAAUACCGUGACAAACAUCUAUGUCACCAAUCUCAGCGUGAGCGGCUGCAGCAAGGCCGCUGGUAUCAAACUAUAUGCGUCUGGACCCGACUACGGAACAGCCACGGUCCACAACGUUACUUAUCAAGGCGUCACCGUUGAUGACUGUGAUUAUGGUCUUCAGAUUCAGAGCUGCUAUAAUAGCAAUAGUUCAUACUGUGCAGAGUAUCCCACCACUGCGUCGUUGACGGAUGUCUAUUUCAAGGAUUUCUCAGGUACGACCAGUGGGAAACAUGGAUCUGUAGUGGCGAACUUGGACUGUUCUGCUGAUAUGACUUGCGAUGUUUAUGUUGAGAACUUUAGUAUCAAGCCACCUAGUGGCACGGCUGAGGUGUUGUGUGCAAAUUUUGAUGGUAGUCCAGGCGUUACCUGUACGCCUGGGGCAUCUGGUUAG